UUUGAAAAAGGAAAUGAAGUUAUUUGAUUUGCUGGUGGACUUGACGGUGGUGAAUAGCAGAAGCUGUGUAGGAGUUUUCUUUCUGGAUGAGAAGAGUUCCAAUCGUUGGAGCCACGCGUGGCUGGCUAUACCGGAGACACACCGACCCGACGAGCUCAUGAAGACCGAAAAACUCAGUUAAAGUAGCGACGCGGCGGAGCGCUGCGGAUGUCCGGAGCUAUGGGAACCGUGAAGUGAAAAUCGACCGAAAAAGGGACAGUUCUUGCGGCCGAAAGACACCAAAAACAUAAUGGAAUUCUGCUUAUGGUUUGGACUGUCGCUGCUGGCAGCUGUUCAGUCCAGCAGUGUCAAGAACUGCCACCCUGGCUGCCACUGUGAGGUGGAAAGCUUUGGACUCUUUGACAGCUUCAGCCUAACCAGCAUGGACUGUCACAGGCUGGGACCUGGUGUUGUGAUGCCCAUUCCCAUCCCUCUGGAUACUGCCUACUUAGACCUGUCCUCCAACAAUUUGGGUCCACUCAGUGAUAGCAUGUUAGCUGGUCCAGGCUAUACCACCCUGGUUAGCUUGGACCUCAGUGGCAACCAUAUUACAAAGAUAAGCCCCAAUGCCUUGGCAAAGCUUCGUUAUUUGGAGACUUUGGAUUUGAGCCACAACAACCUGGACAGCCUCUCCUCCAGCUGCUUCUCUGGCCUCCCUCUGGCUGAAGUUGACCUCAGCCACAACAGCUUCCGGGAAUUAGACUUGGACAUAUUCAUACUUAAAGCCAACGCCGAACCUCUCAGUGUUGACCUGUCUCAUAACGAGCUCAUGUCACUCUCUGCGACUUCUCACGGAAGAGUGCUGCACAUUCAAAGCUUAAAUUUGACAGCAAAUAAACUGACAAGUGUACCAAGGAUGGAAGGACUUUCCCUGAGGUACCUUAAUCUGGAUAGCAACCCCAUCACCCGCAUCAAAGAGGGAGCCUUCGCUGAGUUUAACGAUCUGGUUUACUUAUCCAUCAGCAACCUGCAGGGGCUUCAGGAAAUUGACCCGUAUGGAUUCAAGGGCCUCCAGAACCUCCAGGUUCUGGAUCUCUCCAACAACCUCAAGCUCAAGAUGCUCAUUCCUGCAGUUUUCAGUGGACUAGGCUCCCUGCAAGAGCUGAAUUUAUCCAAAUCUGGGGUUGUGUCCUUGCCAAAUAACAUGCUGACCCACCUACCCAGUAUUAAGAGUAUUACAUUAGGACAGGCGAUCCACUGCUGGAAGACCAGGAAACAGGAACAGUUCCACCCACAGCUUGGCCAGAUUCAACACAACGAGGUGCUGAGCUGUAACGUCGUUGGCAUUGUACUGUGAGAAAGUGCCUCUGGAAGUCGAACUCUUUACAGCCCUGAUCCCAGAACUGUGCCUUUUCUUUGAUAUGCAAAUUUCUUGUUAUUCUCAUACAGUUAUUUCCUGAGGUCAAACGUUUAAAAAUGCUCAUGAUUUGCUUUUAUCCCUCACCAAGUCUGAACUAAUGUAUCAUAAAUGCUUUACCUUCUGGAAACCUGAUGAUGGAUCACGUCUCUUACAUUUUCUAGCCUGGAGCACAGAGCAACUUUUUUUUUUUAGUGUGUUUUUUUAGUGUGGCAUAUCUGUGUUUUAAACUGGCAAUGAAACAUUUACUAAACCAAAAACGUAAUUUAACAGUGAUAAAGGUUAUAGUGGAAUUACAUCUCCAGAUGUAGUGUGCGCCUGUAAUUAUGCUAGACAUUGUUGCGUUGACGUUGGUUACAGUUAGUCUAUGCAGUCAUGCUUACCGCGGCAGAUGCUAACUGUUAGUGUCAACUAAGGUGGUGUGGUAUACUGUUUUAUCUGCUAUAUUUUUUUGAAAUUUACGUUCAUUUUAAAAUUUGUUAAUCAGUCCCUCUACAAAUUUGUGAUGUCAGGAUUUCAGCAAUUAAGUAAACAAUAUAUCAGAUAUAUCUCUCUAUACAGAGAGAAAUAUUUCCAUCUCUCUCUCUCUCUCUCUCUGUGUGUGUGUGUGUGUGUGUGUGUGUGUGGUUGGCUUAAUUAUUUAAGUCCUGGCAUCGCCGAUUUCAGGAGGGUCUGUUCAUACCCUUGUACAGGUUCAAAGCAGGAAAGCCUGUUUAAACAUUUGUUGGAAGUCAUUUUUCACCCACACCUUCUUGGACACCAUCUGUCACCUCUGCAAAGAAGAGAUCUGUGGGACGAUGCAGACGCUUUUUGACAUACUGAUGUGCGUCAUGUGUGCUGAACAAUGGGCUUAAGUCAUGUCAAAAUGAAUAAGAAAUGUAGGAGUUUGAUGUCGCAUCAAAAACUGAUGAAGUUCAGCACAUGGAAGUUGAUACUAUGCUAACUGAAAACUCCUGUCUUCUUCUAUACUGUUUUCUGGUAUUCUAUGUGGUGAUGCCCCCAGUGGUGAACAAAAGUUGAGCAGAGAGGGUGCCAGUGUGCUACAGCAUUGUAAUGAAAUGCAAAAGUCCAGUGUGAAUAUUUAAAAAAUAAUUAAAAUUAUUUUUUAUUUUUUAAAUUAAUUAAAAAAAAAUACUUAUUUUUCAGUUUAAACUGUACCAUGAUACAGCCCUUUAACCAUAAAUGGACUGCAUUUAUAGCGUCAAAUGUUGAGAACUGUAUAUGGUAAGUGCAACAUGUGAUUGUAUAUGCUAAUGUUAGCAGUUAGCGUACCACAGGCUAAUGCGCAGCUCAGUUAUCUUUUUCCUGAAUAUAGCUGGUCACUAGUCAAAACACUAUUGAGCAACAUGCUGCUCCUACACAUCUGGAAAUUCCCACACAACUUUUAUGAACUUUUAUUAAGUGGGACCACACUAAGAGCUAUUUGCACUUAUUCAAGUCCUUUUUAAGUAAUGCUUGUACAAAUUGAGAAACUGUCAUUCAGCACAUUAAAACUUUCCUGUGCAUUUUUUUUAUUAUAAACACUGAAUGAUAUCUUAUGACUGUUGACCACUAGAGUUUACGAUUUUGACUAUGAAUGUAAUUCUUUAUCGAAACUAUUAACGUGAAGCCCUUUAGUGCAAUUCGGACGACCAAUCACUGAAUGACUAAAUAUUUGCAGUUCCAGAAUAAUACUCAACUUGCUCAGCAUAGACUGACUUUUCAUGGUGUUAUGCAACAUAUUUGAUGAUGAAGCUAUAUAAAUAUUUGUAAAAAUCACAAUUUCAAAACUUGAAUUUGCUUCAUGAAUGCCAAUACGUAUCUGAGAACUUGAAGAGUUUGUGUGGUCAGUCUUUACUUCACACACAUUUUGUCCAUUGCAGAUUAGCUCCGUGGCACCCCGUGUUGCAGGAUUUGUUUGAUUCAUGUUCCACAAGAGGAUUAACAGCAUCACCCACCUUUGUGCAGGACACAUUUCAAAGUGCUUGUUACUAGUGAAGGGUCACAAACUAAGGGUAUGUCUUGAUGUUUAAAAAAAACCCACAUUGUUCUCUAAAGUGUAUUUUUUGCCUUUGCAUUACUGUGGCAGUUCUGUGGACUUGAGAUGAUAGUUUGCCUCAAGACUGCAGAUGAGAGUUAAAUAUUGUCAUUCUGACUUU